CUAGGCAGCUCUCUCCAGCUCCAGCUGGGCCGAAGAAGUCUUAGAGCUGCCACCAUCAGGCUCAGGGAGUUGUCUCCCAGACCAUCCUGCACCAUGGCCAUGGAGGUAGACAGUGGGCCUGGGAGAUUCCCCAGCAGUGACUGCGACCUGGGCUCAGACCGAGAGCACAUGCAGGCAGUUGCCCGAAACUAUAUCACCCAUCCCCGUGUCACUUAUAGGACCGUAUGCAGCGUUAACGGGCCCCUGGUGGUGCUGGACCAGGUCAAGUUUGCCCAGUAUGCUGAGAUUGUCAACUUCACCCUCCCUGAUGGGACUCAGAGGAGUGGGCAAGUGCUUGAGGUUGCUGGCACCAAGGCAAUUGUUCAGGUGUUUGAAGGGACAUCUGGGAUUGAUGCGCAGAAGACCACUUGUGAAUUCACAGGAGACAUCCUACGGACUCCAGUGUCAGAGGACAUGCUGGGUCGGGUUUUCAAUGGCUCUGGAAAACCCAUUGAUAAGGGGCCAGCGGUCAUGGCAGAGGACUUUCUGGAUAUCAAUGGUCAGCCCAUCAACCCCCACACCCGCAUCUACCCCGAGGAGAUGAUUCAGACGGGCAUUUCUCCCAUCGAUGUCAUGAACAGCAUUGCCCGCGGUCAAAAGAUCCCCAUCUUCUCAGCAGCUGGGCUCCCCCACAAUGAGAUUGCUGCUCAGAUCUGUCGACAGGCGGGGCUGGUGAAGAAAUCCAAGGCUGUGCUGGAUUAUCACGAUGACAACUUUGCUAUUGUCUUUGCAGCCAUGGGGGUGAACAUGGAGACAGCCAGGUUCUUUAAGUCUGAUUUUGAGCAGAACGGAACCAUGGGGAAUGUCUGCCUCUUCCUGAAUUUGGCCAACGACCCCACGAUUGAGCGGAUCAUCACUCCACGCCUGGCACUGACCACUGCUGAGUUCCUCGCCUACCAGUGUGAGAAGCACGUGCUAGUCAUACUGACUGACAUGAGUUCCUAUGCAGAAGCUUUGCGGGAGGUCUCAGCUGCCAGAGAGGAGGUGCCCGGGCGCCGAGGCUUCCCUGGAUACAUGUACACAGACCUGGCCACCAUUUACGAGCGGGCAGGCCGCGUGGAGGGCCGGGGCGGGUCCAUCACGCAGAUCCCCAUCCUCACCAUGCCCAACGACGAUAUCACCCACCCCAUCCCAGACCUGACGGGGUUCAUCACAGAGGGACAGAUCUACGUGGACAGACAGCUUCAUAACAGACAGGUCUAUCCCCCCAUCAACGUGCUCCCUUCCCUGUCGAGGCUGAUGAAGUCCGCCAUUGGGGAGGGCAUGACAAGAAAGGACCAUGGCGAUGUCUCCAACCAGCUGUACGCCUGCUAUGCCAUCGGCAAGGACGUGCAGGCCAUGAAGGCAGUGGUGGGAGAGGAGGCGCUCACCUCUGAGGACCUGCUUUACCUGGAAUUCCUGCAGAAGUUCGAGAAGAACUUCAUCAACCAGGCCCCCUAUGAGAACCGCUCGGUGUUCGAGUCGCUGGACCUGGGCUGGAAGCUGCUGCGCAUCUUCCCCAAGGAGAUGCUGAAGCGCAUUCCGCAGAGCGUGAUCGACGAGUUUUACUCCCGCGAGGGGGCGCCACAGGACUCCGUGCCUGACACCGCGCUCUAGCCUCGCGCGCACCCGGCGUCGCCCUGGGUACCCUGCCCCCCUACCCUGCCCCCGCACGCGAGUGUUCCCCUAGCUCCUCCCGGUCUGCUGUCGCACUGAACCCCACCCCCAGCCCUCCACAGCCUGUGGGGCGUUCCCGCGCUCCAUCCCUUACGCUCAACUUCCAGCACUGAGAAAGAGAAGAUUGUUAAGCCCUCCUCCUAUGCCUUACUCUCCCAGGAGCAUCUGUAGUUUUAGUUUAAAGGCCCACAAAAGAAGAAGUAGCCAAGAUGAAUUUAUCUUAAGUGAAAACAGGAUUGGCAAAAAAUCGUAAUUGUUGAAGCUGGGGCUGGCGGGCACAUGGAGUUCAUUUAACUAUUCUCUCUACCAAAAAAAGAAAAAAAAGCUACAUUAAUUUUUUUUUUUCAGUUGUCAUUGCUGUUUUAGCCGGCCAGGGCUGGGUUCAAACCUGCCACUCUGGGCAUGUGGGGCCAGUGUCCUACGCACUGAGCCACAGGCACCACUCUACAUUAAUGUCUUAACAGCUGACAAUAGAGUUCCUCACUGGGAGAAAUUUAUCUUCGUGUCUGGACUGUAUACAGCUCUGCCUGAGCAGUGCUAGGGAGGACUUUAGUUUGCUCCUGGCAGAAAGGGAGGAGAGUUACUAGGGAGAUUCCCUGAGGAACACGGGUGUGUGGUGCAGAAGGAUGAAGAAAGGCCCCAGUUAAGAAAUGAGUGGAAAGUAGGGCGGCCCCUGUGGCACAGUGAGUAGGGCGCCGGCCCCAUAUACCGACGGUGGUGGGUUCGAACUCUGCCCCGUCCAAACUGCAACAAAAAAAUUAGCAGGGCAUUGUGGCGGGCGCCUGUAGUCCCACCUGCUCCGGAGGCUGAGGCAGGAGAAUCGCUUAAGCCCAGGAGUUUGAGGUUGCUAUGAGCCGUGACGUCCGGGGGACUCUACUGAGGGCGACGUAAUGAAACUCAGUCUCAAAAAAAGAGAAAGAACUGAGUGGAAAACAUCCUAAAAAUUAGGGUGCCUGAUAUCUCAUUGACAGCCACCAACUCAUCUGUAAUAUCACACCUUCUGUCUCCAGUGAAGUCGUGAGCUCUUCAUGGCAAGAGGAGGCAGGAAGGGUUGGGAGGAUGGAACUUUAGGUAAGAGCUUAGUUUCAUUUCUAGGUCAAUGUGUUGCAGAACCAGGUCAGAAUUCCUAGAUCAAGAGCUAGUACCAAAUGAGGCCCCAAGAAUAAAAUUCCCACCCCCAAGAUAAUUUACAACCAUCUUGGAGAAAGCUUUGGGUACCCACAGAGCAUAGAGUUGUUUUAUUUAAUCAUCACCACCAUUUUUGAGAUGUAAUUCAGAUACCAUAUAAUUUACCUGUUCAUAAUAUACAGUUAUAAUUGUAUAAUUUGACAAUUUUUAGUAUAUUCACAGAGUUGUACAUCUACAACCACAAUUUUAGGAUAUUUUCAUUACCUUACAAAGAAAUUCUGGGCGGCCCUUUGGCCCAGUGAGUAGGGCGCUGGCCCCAUAUACAGAGGGUGGAGGGUUCAAACCCAGCCGGGCCAAAUUGCAAUAAAAAAAUAGUCAGGAAUUGUGGCCAGCACCUGUAGUCCCAGCUACUCCGGAGGCAGAAGCAAGAGAAUCUCCUAAGCCCAAGAGCUGGAGGUUGCUGUGAGCUAUGACGCCAUGGCAUCUACCAAGGGUGACAAAGUAAGACUCUGACUUUAAAACAAAAAAAAUAAAGAAAUUCUGCAUACCUAGCUAUCACCUCUCAACACACUUCUCCUCAUUCAUUCCCUCCCCAAGCCUAGAUAACUACUAAUUUAAUUUCUAUCUUUAAGGGAUUUGCCUAUUUUAGAUAUUUGAUAUAAAUGGAAUUAUACAAUAUGUGGUCUUUUGUGACUGGCUUCUUUCACUUAGCAAAACGUUUUUGAGGUUCAUCUGUGUGGUAGCAUGUAUCAGUACUUCAUUUCUUUUUAUUACAAAUAAUGUUCUACAGUAUGGAUAUACCAUUUUUGUUUAUUCAUCAGUUUAUGGAGAUGUGAGUUAUUUUCACUUUUUGGCUUUCACGAAUAAUGCUGCUAUGAACAUUCAGGUGCAAGUUUUUAUGUGGACAUAUAUUUUCAUUUCUCGAGUAUGUUCCCAGGAGUGAAAUUGCUGGGGAUCAGAUGGUAACUGUUUAACAUUUUCAAAAACUGCCAGACUGCUUUCUAAAGUGGCUGCACCAUUUUACACCCACCCCACCCCCACACAAUGCAGUUUAUGAGGGUUCUAAUUUCUCCACAUCCUCGGCAACCUUUGUUAGUAUCUGUCUUUUUUUAAAUCAUUUUGAUUAUAGCCAUAUUGGUGGAUAUGAAGAGAUAUCUCAUUGUGGUUUUGAUUUUCAUUUUCCUAAUGAUUUAAUGAUGUUAAUCGUAUUUUCCUGGGUUUAUUAAGCAUUUAUAUAUCUUCUUUGAAGAAAUAUCUAUUCAAAUCCUUUUUUAAAAUUGGGUUGUCACUAUAUUAUUGAGUUGUUAAAUUCCCAUGAUGUCCUAUAUAUUUUUUCCUUUGUUUCUUUUUCUUUUCUUUCUUUCUUUUUUUUGAGACAAGAGUCUCACUCUAUUGCCCUGGAGUUGAGUGCCAUGGCAACAUCAUAACUCAUAGCAACUUCAAACUCUUGGGCUCAAGCGAUCCUCAUGACUCAACUUCCCAAGUAGCUGUGACUACAGGCAUCUGCCACAACCCCUUGCUAAUUUUUCUAUUUUUAGUAGAGAUGGGGUCUUGCACUUGCUUAGGCUGGCCUUGAACUGCUGACCUCUAGGGAAUCCUCCCGCCUCAACCUCCUAGAGUUGCUUGGCAUGAGUAUGCUUGGCCUCCUUUGUUUCUUUUGGUAUCACAUCUCAGAACCCAUUGUUUAAUGAAAGGUCAUAAUGAUUCAUACUUAUGUUCUUUUUUUGUUGUUCUUUUUUUUUUAAUAUUACUGUUUAUAAUUUUUUUUUCUCAUUUCUUUUU